UGUUAUCUAUCGUUUGUCUAUGUCAUAAUAAGUUCCCGCGUCGUUCUGGCGGUUUAUGUUAUUGUGUACAUUUUGAGCCGAAAGAAAAUUUUUGUUACUCUCUCCUGCUAUAUCAAUUUUGUAUACCGGCAUUUGUAUUCAAAGUUUAUUUAUGUGUAUGUGUAGUGCAUAAUGAAUGAAAUUAAUAUGGACGAACCAAAUGCCAAUUCCCCAAACAAGCAUGAGUAUUCCAGCAAAAUCGGGCAGAGACGUAGAGCUCUUUUUCCCGAAGAUGAGCCUCAAAUUAUGACUGCGGAUGCCAAUCCCUUGGGUAUGAGCCCUUGUCGUUUUGAAUAUCAAAAUAUAUCUAGGAUUCGAAGUACUUCAUUAAUAGGAAUGAUACUAGAUUCCCCUCAAAAAAAAUUAACUAUAGAUAAUGCCGAUACUAGUCCCUGUAAAAAUACUAAAGAGGAUGACUCUAUUUCUUUCUCCACUCUAUCUGCAAUCCUCAAGACUCCAAAUGAUUCCAAUACUUACUCCAAGGAGGCUCCCAAAAUAUCAAGAAGAAAAAGUGUAGGAGCAUCAUCUGACAAAGAGGAUGUAUCAUGUAAUAAAACUUCUAAAGUUAGGACUUCGCUUUUCCAAGACAUUGGAAUGACACUCUCUACAGAAAAGUUCUACUCGUCAAAAAACUCUGAUCUAAUUAAGAAGAAGUUGAUAUCACCAUCUUUAUCUCGAUUCAAGAAACUGGAUAAACCAAAACAAACAAAAAACCAACAAAAAAAGAUAUUCUUUGGUCAAAUAAAUGCUGGAGUCAAACAUAAAAUAAAGAAGAAAAUUGAUAAAUCUCCUAAAGUUUCUAAAGCUUCAGUAUCUCAUAUUAAAACUUAUAAAAGUGACCUAGUGGUUAAGUCUAAAUUUGAUGAAUUCUUAAAGGAUUUGGAUGAAAUCAACGAGAAUAAAAAGGUGAAACUCAUUCAAAUGCCACAAAAGGAUCAGACAACUUCAGAAAAAAACACAGAAAAUACAUUGAAAAGAUCACAUGAUAAUACUGAAGAACUUUCAAGUAUAGUAGAAAACACAGAAAAUACAUUAAAAAGAUCACUUGAUGAUACUGAGAAAGUUCCUAGCAAGAAAUUCAAAAGUUCAGAGUCAAAUUCGGUGAAUCCAUAUGUAGAUACUGAUUUCGAAGUCCUAGAGGAAGAAAUCACUGUGCCAAUUGAGAGCAUCCUUGAUAGGUUGGACGACUCAGUUGAGGAAAAUAAGGAGAACCAGUCUAGGGAUAAGGAAGGAAUACUCUCGCCGACAUCAGUAUUGACUAACAUGACAUUAGGAUUAAAGCUCUGUUCGCCAAAGAAAGUCAGAAAUUUGACUAGUGUUUUUCAAAAAAUGGCAGAUGCUAAUACUCAAGCUGGUCCAUCUCAAAGUACACAGUCUCAAUAUUACCCAAUUUUUUAUCCCCAAAAAAAAAUUUGUGAAAAAAGACUCGAAAAAGAAAGUAUUGUUAAAAGGAAAAAAAUGAAAGUUAGUUCCGAUCAAAUGUUGCUGGACGCUGGUCAGAAAAAAUUCGGUUUAACACAAUGCACAGAAUGUAAUUAUGUAUAUAAUGCUGGUGAUCCUGACGAUGAAAAUUUACAUGAUAACCAUCAUAAUGCUAGAUAUAUCCUCCAGUUCAAUGGUUGGAAGAAUGAACGAAUUGUAGCUAAAAAUGAAGGAAGAAUAAUUCAAAUAUUGCCAGGUGAUGGCAAACAUUGGACAGACAAAGUUGAACUUGUUCUACAAUUCAUAAAUAGACAAAUGGGUUACUAUAACAUGGAUGUUGACACGAGUAGAUCAAUGGUUUUCCUUUACAUUUUCAACAAACAAAUCAUUGGCUGUCUGACUGCUGAGGCCAAAACCACAGCUAACAAGUUAUUGACAGCUAGCGUUGAAGUUGAUCUGUGCUCUAUGGAGGAGUAUCCUAUUACGUGCGGUGUGUCCAGGAUUUGGGUGUUGCCAACUUAUCAAAAGAAGGGUAUUGCGACUGCAAUGAUGGAGGCCUUGAGAAAGAAUUUUCUACCAAAUCGUAUGUUAGAAAAAUGUGAAAUAGCUUUAAGCGCCCCAACUCCAGAUGGAAAAUUAUUCGGUACCAAAUAUUUUGAAACUGAAAACUUUUAUACAUACUUGAACUGAUUGUGAUCUGAAAAGCCAUAUGUUAAUACAAGCCAUACUUUUUGUAGUUUUUGUACAAGAGAGAAUCGAUUAAUUUAUUUUUUCACUAAUAUAUUUGUGUCUUAUUUUUCCUGAUAUAUCUAAAGGUAUACACAAUAUAAAUGUUUAUUUUUAUAUAUUGUUUUGUUAGAAUAAGAUCUGGAAAUGUUAGAAAAUUUUUUAGUUUUUUGUUUUUAUUGCCAUAAAGUUUUUUUCUCUUGUUAUGAGAAUGCUAGUGCCAAUGCAUUGAUUUUUUUCUAUUUACUGAAAUUUGACAUUUUGUUUAGUUAUUGAUUUAUUACGAAUUGUGGCUUCACUCUAGUUUUUUAAGAAUCUCAUUUAUUAUAAAUGAACAUUGAUAUGAUACGAAAAUGUUUUAUCUUUACUCGAAUGAAUUGCCAUAACAUUCCAAAAAUUAAUGUGAAUAAGGGUAAAUAGAAUAAAAUGAAACUUUUGUAAUAAAAUUUCUUCUUC